CGACUGUCGAGUGUACCUCGUCAUUGAAUAGUUAGAUUACAGUGAUGGGUGUGUUCAAUUUGAAUUCAAUGAUAAAUCAUUAUAUACGAAAAACAAUUCUAAGCAGAGACGAAAUGUCUUCAAAUAUGCUAAACCAGUUCUCGAGCCGUGCUAAAUAUUAUGGUGCCAUGGCCGCAAAAAGACUGCAGACCACGUAUUAUGCCAACAUUGAAGUGGCGAUCGAGGCAAAAAAGAACACGCCGACCGAUUUAACAGACCAAAUAACGGAAUCGAUAUUCCGGAAGCUGGUCGCGGCUUGUCUGCAGCACUUGCCGCUGGUCGUCGGAAAAACGGUUCGUCGGAAACGCCGAGCGUACAUAAUGCCGCCUUUGAUGUCGUUGAACCGGCCAAUGGAUUUCCACGGGGGAUUCUCGAGCCGAGCCAAAUAUUACGGUGCCAUGGCCGCAAAAAGAUUACAGACAACGUAUUAUGCCAACGUUAGAGCGGCGAUCGUGGAGGAAAAUAAAGUGCCGACCGAUUUGGUGAAACAAUUUACGGUGUCGAUAAUGCGGAAGCUGGUCGCGUCUUGCGUGCAGGACUUGCCGCUGGCCGGUUGUACACAAGACUUGCCGCUGCAGAAUUCGCCUUUCGGAAUAGUGGACCCGGUAAUCACCGAUAAAAUGGCACAAAAUGGACCCCGAUCAAUGACUUCGACUUCGGCCAGUCGAUCCGUGGAUUCUUUCGAUGAGGGCUGCAUGGGCCGUGCAGAAUUUAACGGCGUCGCGACAUAUCAUUCUAUGCCGAAUAUUGCCGCAAUCGAAUUUGAAAACGAUGUGCCGUCCGGUUCGAGGAGUCUGGAUUCGGUGCAGGUCACCGGGAAAAACAUGAAACAAAAACGCCGAACGAUUUGGUCUCGCACAAAAAAAUUUUUAAGCCGUAUGUUGUGCUGUAGUACAACUAUUGCAGAUUAAAUAAUUAUUGUAAAUUGUAAUUAUUAAAAAUUAUAUUACCUAUUUACCUGUAUGUAUUA